GUGACGUCGGUGCAGAAGAUGGCGUCCUGGGGUCCGGAGGACCGCUGCGGUUCGGACUGACCCGGAUCCGUGCUGGGGUCCCCGAUCCUGACCCGCAGCGUGUGGGGCUCUCUGAUCCGGGCCGCUUGGGGGGUUCUGAUCCGGGACGGACCCGGACCGUGUGGGGGUCUCCGUACCGGGACCGGGCUGAUGGACGCUGCCCGCGGCACGGCGGAGCCCCGCUGAUGUCCGACGGAGCCCGAGCCGCCGGGUCCGAGAGAACCAGGGAGACUCAAGCACAGGAGAUGCUAGCGCUCUGUUAGCGCUCUGUUAGCGCUCUGCCAUCGAAGCCUGUGAUCGUUCACCUGGGCUCCAACAGGUCUCCACUGCGACUGGACACGAGGGGCGCCGUGCUCUGAUUGGCUGGGACGGCCUCCUCUGACAUGCCCGUGGCCAAUCAGAGGAGUGUUAUGUCGGGGGCGGAUGUGGAGGUGUACCUGUCCCAGGUGCAUGAUGGGAGUGUGUCGUCGGGCUUCAGGGCGCUGUACGAGGAGCGUCUGCUGCUGGACGUCACACUGCUGAUCGAGGAGCACCACUUCCAGGCCCACAAGGCCCUGCUGGCGACGCAGAGCGACUACUUCCGGGUGAUGUUCACGGCGGACAUGCGGGAGCGGGACCAGGACCGGAUCCAGCUGAAGGGGCUGACGGCGGCGGGCUUCGGCCACAUCCUGCGCUUCAUGUACUACGGCUCCCUGGAGCUGAGCAUGGCGUCGGUGCAGGAGAUCCUGCAGGCCGCCAUGUACGUGCAGCUGACGGAGGCGGUGGAGUUCUGCUGCUCCUUCCUGCUCGCCAAGAUCUGCCUGGACAACUGCGCCGAGGUGACGCGGCUGCUGGAGGACUUCAGCGUGGGCGUGGACGGCGUCCGCGAGCGGCUGGACGGCUUCCUGCUGGACAACUUCGUCCCGCUCAUGAGCCGGGCCGACUUCCUGUCCUACCUCAGCCUGGAGAGACUGCAGGCCUACCUGAGCAGCGACGCUCUGAGCCGCUUCCCGGAGAUCGAGCUGUACGAGGCGGUGCAGGCGUGGCUCCGUCACGACCGGCGGCGCUGGCGCCACACGGACACCGUCGUCCAGUCCGUCCGCUUCUGUCUCAUGACGCCGGCCAACAUCUUCGAGAAGGUGAAGACGUCGGAGUUCUACCGGUACUCCCGGCAACUGCGGCAGGAAGUGGACCAGGCGCUGGGCUACUUCCACGACGUCCACCGCCAGCCGCUGGUGGACACCAACUCCAACCGCAUCCGGUCGGCCCGUCCCCAGACCGCCGUCUUCAGGGGGAUGAUCGGACACAGCAUGGUGAACAGCAAGAUCCUGCUGCUGCAGCGGCCCAAGGUGUGGUGGGAGCUGGAGGGUCCUCAGGUUCCGCUGCGCCCCGACUGCCUCGCCAUCGUCAACAACUUCGCCUUCCUGCUGGGCGGCGAGGAGCUGGGGCCGGACGGCGAGUUCCACGCCUCGUCCAAGGUGUACCGCUACGACCCCCGCCAGAACUCCUGGCUCCGCAUGGCCGACAUGUCCGUCCCCAGGUCGGAGUUCGCCGUGGGCGUCAUCGGGAAGUUCAUCUACGCCGUGGCGGGCCGCACGCGGGACGAGACCUUCUACUCCACCGAGCGCUACGACAUCCUGGAGGACCGCUGGGAGUUCGUGGAGCCAUACCCCGUCAACAAGUACGGCCACGAGGGCACGGUGCUGGACGGCAAGCUCUACAUCACCGGCGGCAUCACGUCCUCCUCCACCUCCAAGCAGGUGUGCGUGUUCGACCCCGGGCGGGAGGCGGGGGGCGGCGCCGGCGGGCCGGACCCCCUGCGGGCGCGGGGCCGCGGCCCGGCGCCGCCCGCCGCGCACGCCGGCUGCUGGGAGAACAAGUCCAAGAUGAACUACGCGCGCUGCUUCCACAAGAUGAUCUCCCACAACGGGAAGCUGUACGUGUUCGGCGGCGUGUGCGUGGUGCUGCGCGCCUCCUUCGAGUCGCAGGGCUGUCCGUCCACCGAGGUGUACGACCCCGGCGCCGACGACUGGACCAUCCUGGCCUCCAUGCCCAUCGGCCGCAGCGGCCACGGCGUGGCCGUCUUGGAGCGCCAGAUCAUGGUGCUGGGCGGCCUGUGCUACAACGGCCACUACAGUGACUCCAUCCUGACCUUCGACCCCGACGACAACAAGUGGAAGGAGGACGAGUAUCCCAGGAUGCCUUGCAAACUGGACGGGCUGCAGGUGUGCAGCCUGCACUUCCCCGAGUACGUGCUGGAGCACGUGAGACGCUGCAGCUGAGGUCUGCUCCGCCUCCUUUUCUACACGCGCCUGUCCCGGGGGCGGGGCCAGAGGCGGGGGUGGGGCCAUGGGUGGGGGCGGGGCCUCGGCCCACGGAACAUUUACACACCGAGCUUUGUCAGAAAAACACGUAGAGAUGUGGGCGAGGCACAGCAGGCCGAAGGGUUCUCUUUAGAACGGAACGCUCCGGAAGGUCCUGAUGGUACCUCCUGUGUGGUUCCAGAAGGUUCUGAUGCAGCUCGGCCUCCAGGGAGGAACCAGACAGAUGAACCCCUCCCCCCCCCCCCCCACACACACACACACACACACACACACACACACACACACACACACACACACACACACACACACACACACACACACACAAGAGAUAAAUGAUCAAUAAAAACAUGGCGGUGACGAGCCGCAGUCAUCCUGAACAGUUCUUUAAAGCUAAAUGAAUGUUUGAUGUUUGAUGGGUUAAUUAUCCUGCUGUUAGCAGUUAGCAGUUAGCUCGAGCUUCGCUGUAUUUAAAGAUGAAUUAUUUAAACAUCUCUCUGGGUGACAGAGCGCUACAUCAGCAUUAGCUCGUCCUCACAGUCAGUGGCAGCUAGCGUUGGCUCCUCACAGUUGGAGUUGGCUAGCGUUAGCUCUUCCAGAGUUAGUCAGAGCUAGCGUUAGCUCUUCCUCACAGUUAGCGGGAGCUAGCGUUAGCUCUUCCUCACAGUUGGCGGGAGCUAGCGUUAGCUCUUCCUCACAGUUGGCGGGAGCUAGCGUUUGCUCUUCCUCACAGUUGGCGGGAGCUAGCGUUAGCUCUUCCUCACAGUUGGCGGGAGCUAGCGUUAGCUCUUCCUCACAGUUGGCGGGAGCUAGCGUUAGCCCUUCCUCCAGUUGGCGGGAGCUAGCGUUAGCUCUUCCUCACAGUUGGCGGGAGCUAGCGUUAGCUCUUCCUCACAGUUGGCGGGAGCUAGCGUUAGCUCUUCCUCACAGUUGGCGGGAGCUAGCGUUAGCUCUCCUCACAGUUGGCGGGAGCUAGCGUUAGCUCCUCCUCACAGUUGGCGGGAGCUAGCGUUAGCUCCUCACAGUUGGCGGGAGCUAGCGUUAGCUCCUCCUCACAGUUGGCGGGAGCUAGCGUUAGCUAUUCCUCACAGUUAGCGGGAGCUAGCGUUAGCUCUUCCUCACAGUUGGUGGGAGCUAGCGUUAGCUCUUCCUCACAGUUGGCGGGAGCUAGCGUUAGCUCUUCCUCACAGUUAGCGGGAGCGAGCGUUAGCUCCUCCUCACAGUUGGCGGGAGCUAGCGUUAGCUCCUCACAGUUGGCGGGA